AUGAAGGGCUUCUGUCUGCGGUCCAAGUCUGAGAGUGAAUACUGUAUCAAGAACCACAUCAUCAAGAUUCAAACUCAGUUCGGCACGAAGAUCAAGUUUGUUCGGCACGAUGGAGCGCAUGAGUUUGCGACCAACUCCAUCAAGACCUUCUACGAAGAUCAUGGUAUCGAACAACAGGUCACGGUGCCGUAUGCACACCAGACCAACGGCACCGCAGAACGCGCGAUAAGGACCAUCGUCACGAUCGGACGCAGCUUGUUGCAUCAUGCAAAGUUGGAGAAGUGUUUCUGGGCUGAAGCGGCAAUGACGGCGAUCUACAUCAAGAACCGCCCGCCUUCACCCAAGAUCGACCACAAGACUCCGUUCGAGAUCGUGUACAAGUCGAAACCAAGUGUCAAGCACAUGCGCGUGUUUGGAUGUCGGGCGUUUAUCCUUACACCAGAGGAGAAGCGAUUGAAGUGGGCCCGAAGGCUCGUGUAG